CGGGCCGGGAUACCCCCAGCCCCUCUGUGGGAUGCCCGGGUGUGGGGAGACGCAGGUCAUCCGUGGCAUUUCAAAAAGUGACCCAAAGAAGCCCAGCCCAGCGGCUCCGGAUUCUUCCGAGUCGUGUCAUUCAGGGUCGUGUGGAUGGUGAAGGGCGCAGCAUUUGGACGAGGGAAGCGGCCCACCCUUGCCGCGGGAUCCUUCGUAGAGUUGUGAGUCGUUGGGAAGCAAGUUCCGCGCACACGCCCCCCGCCCGGCCCCCUUUGCAAAAGCCCGCUUUGGUCACUGAGGGGGGCAAUCGUUCGCCUUUUCAAAGGCAGGCCGAGGUGGGCGCGUUUCUCCCCGAUGCGGACGUUUCUGCAGCUCUUCGGCCGACUGAAAUCAGUCGUCGUUGGCAUGGUCCAUGUGAGAGCAUUGCCAGGAACACCAUGCAGUACGUUGCCGUUGGCUCAGAUCAUUGAAGAAGCCUGUGGAGAAGCUGAAAUGUAUAGGGCUGCUGGUAUUGAUGGCUUGAUUGUCGAAAAUAUGCAUGACCGGCCCUACGUAGUUGAUGUUGGUGCAGAAGUUACAGCGGCCAUGGCGGUAAUUUGUGCCUCAGUAAAACAGGCGUGCCCCACUCUCCCCAUGGGGGUUCAAAUACUGUGUGCUGCAAAUCAGCAAGCUAUAGCAGUUGCUCUUGCUUCAGGUGCAGAUUUUGUUCGAGUUGAAGGCUUCGUUUUCUCUCAUGUGGCUGAUGAAGGGAUUCUGAAUGCUUGCGCUGGGAACUUGCUAAGAUACCGGAAGCAAAUCGGAGCUGAACACAUCCAAGUUUUUGCUGAUAUUAAAAAGAAGCACAGUGCUCACACAUUGACAGCUGAUGUCACGGUGGCAGAAACUGCUAAGGCUGCUGAAUUCUUUCUUGCUGAUGGGGUUGUGUUGACUGGAACUGCAACUGGAUCAGAGGCAGAUCCCAAAGAACUAGAAGAAGUCAGAUCUGCUGUGAAGAUUCCAGUGCUGGUUGGGUCUGGUGUCACUCUGGAUAAUGUGAAGGACUACUUAGGUGCAAAUGCCUUGAUCAUUGGUUCAUAUUUCAAGAAAGAAGGCUAUUGGGCAAAUAGCAUUGAUCUUGAUCGUGUGAAGAGGUUUAUGGAUUAUAUCAGCAAACACCGGAAGCCCUGAUCUGGAGUACGUCUCCUGAGAUUUAUUCCAGUCUAUACUGAUUAUCUCAGUGGUGGUGGCUUUUAGCUGAACAGAUGAACCACCUUCAGGAUCUUAUGAAGAUCCCUCAUAAUGUCAAGGUUUUAUCUGUGAUGACUGUUUUAGACAUUCAGUUCAAGUGAUGAAUAUCUGUUGCCCAUCUCAUCAACUCAUCUAAACAUUUUCCUCUGUUCUGAAGAAUGGUCAUUAAGUAAUACGGAUGUAUUCAUUAUGUCCUAUUGACAGAGCAUGGUCAAGGUUACUUUCUCUUAAUCUGUAACUGACUGGGAAUUAUGGAGUUAGUGAUCCAUCUCUGGAAGACAGUACUAUGACACAAUGGCUGCCUUCAUAUAUUGUACUAAGCCGAAACAAAACAAGCCACAACACAAACACUGUGAUAUGUAAACCAUGGGUACACAUUUGGCCCCCUGUGUCUAUUAAACCAUUGUAAAGCACCCUCCUAAAAUGGUUUUUAGAGGGGAAAAGACAUACUCAAAGCAUUUGAAUACUGCAGCAAAACUAGUUGACAAAUAAGCAACAAACCUGUAAAAACAUCCAUCUUUGGGAAACACAGUGUUUAGAGCAUGCAUCAUAAGACGUUGCAACAUCUCUGUUCAAUUACAGAAGCUUUACUUAUUGGCCCAGGCUCCUCAGAAAGGCCCAUAAUUUGGCCAUAAAUUAUGAGACACAAAAAGUAUCUGGGAUUUAGUGGGUUAGCAUCACAGUAAAUCUGAUUUUAAAAUCCAGAGGGAAAGAUUGAUUGCCUUCUUUUUAUCCUGCUCACUGCUGCAAGUUUGUGCAGUAACUUUAAGCAUCUGCUUGCCUGUUGCAAGCAGAUGCUGUACAUAGGAUCUGACCUUUUUGUUUGGAAGGUUGCUUGAAUGGGUAAUGUUGAAAUAUUAAGUUAUUAAAAAAGACUCAUCUCCUUGGGAGUAAAGAAUACUCCAUUCUACACAAUGCAAGUUCUUCAAAGUACCAUGAGAAGCAUGAAUAACUUUGUAGAAGAACAAAGGAAGGAGCCUUAAUAGGGGGAAACUCUGGAAGUAAAUAACAGCUGUUCAAGGAGACAUGUUUUAAAUAUGUAUUAAUUCAUUUGAAGUGCAUUGCUUCAGUAUAUAAAGAGAUUAUCAUGUGUUGAUUUCCAUUAAACACUGUGGCACUUGCCAGGCUUGUUAUGGUGUCCCAGGCUAUCACAGUAGACUACAGCAACAGCGUGUUCAUGGGUGUGAUUGCUUUCACUUUGACCUUUUAAAAAUGUCAGAUAACUCCUUCUGGACUGAUAUGAUCUGCCCUUCUUCUCACGUUUGAGCCUUGCAUGUCCAUGGCAGUUUCUAUCAAGUGUAACAUGGGUCCAGACAGGAGAAACACCGGGUAGAGGAGAUACCACACAGUCCGCUUUGAGUCACGAAAGAGCACUUGCUGCCAAAAAGAGUUAUGACUGCAGAUUCUGUUCUCUGACCUACUGGUGGUGUUGAGUGAGGUCAGAUCAGAAGUGCACUUGAUGAAUGAUCAGGCCAAGAGCCCCAGGGAGUAGGACCAGACUGGAAACUAAAUUUGAU